GCCAUCUGGGUGCUUCUGAAUCUGCCUGUUAUAGCUUGCGCUGGCUCGGUGAGUUGCUCUUUUCUGAUCCAGGUCUCGUUUGAGUCAACCACUCACGUCCCUAUUUUAUAGUUGAGCAGGGAGUGUCAACGUCGAACGAAUUUCGUUCAACUUGGUCUCUUCCAUAUUUUGCAGCUCUGUUCACAUUCCUUGUUUAUCACGAUCCUUCUCCAAGCACUCGUUAGUAUUACCGACACCCUUUCAAUCUACUCUGUUGUAGUGGACGAAUCUCCGGAAUCUCCUUCAGCUUCAAUUACUCUUUGGUAUUGCUUACAAUGGCUCCAUAUCUCCUUUCAAGAUCCGAUUCCACCGAUGCUCCAAGCGUCCUUCCAAUCAGCAGAACCGUUUACAUAGUCGGGUUCACCCUCGCAGGAUUACUUGCUGCUACUUCCGUGAUAUGGCUUGCAUUGAGGUUCUUCCGCCGCAAAUUGCAGGCAAAACGUGCGGAAGAACGGGGUGCAGCUUUCCUCAAUGUACGAGGUGUUGUUCGAGAAAUGAACGAGCCCGGCAGCCAGCUCCCUAGUCAGCCGUCAACUAUCGUCUUCCCACAAAAGGUCGUUGUCCCUCGUCCUGCUCAAGUAGCAAACCCUUCAAGACACGACCAUGUUUCUUCCUCUGAACUUCCUGCAGCAUGUGCUGCUCCCUUGCCACGUCCCCGUGCACUCUCUAGUCUCAAUCCCUCGCAUCCGCGCAACAGUUGCGCGUCAGUUGCUUCGGGCCAAUCCCAUUUAUCUCCUCGAGCUCCUCCUGGCUUGCGUUCCUCGCAUUCACGAGCAUCUUCACGAUCCUCAGCUUCCCACCAGUCCCGAUCAGUUCGGCAAUUUUACCAACCAGUGCUUCCUGAUGAACUCCCUCUUUCGCGUGUAGGAGAGCAACUCCACGUUCUGCAGUCGUUUGAUGACGGCUGGUGCCUAGUUGCGCAAAACAACUCUCGUCGCUCUCGUUCUUCAUUAUCCAUAUUCAAUCCCUCGCGACUCUCUGCUAGGGUGGAGAGUAUCGGAGACAAUGUACAGCUUGGUUUUGUCCCUGCAUGGGUCUUUAUCAAGCCCACGAAGGGACUGCGCGUAGAAAGACCCAUUCGCAGCUCCAGUGCAGGCGGACUCCAGGCUGGCUUGGAUGCCGAAUGGAGAGACUCUGUGAUUUCUUGGUCCAACUUCUCUUGAACUGAAGUUAAAAACCCCGAUGGGGCAUACAUCGAAGUCUGUUGUUUUCCCUUGUUAAGCCAUAUUCGGCAGCUGCGCAGGCCGUUUGGAACCAUGUCGCAAGAAACCUGCAGUGCAGGCAUGCUUCACUUACAAUUCAUUCUUCACGGUGCAGCUGCAUUGUAU